AUGGGGAGAAUAAGAGCCCCGAACAACCUACCAGAGCUCGUCAGGUCGGCAUUUGCGCGCGCAAAGGCCAGCGGCGACGUCAAUUUUUACCCCACGCAAGCCGCCGUCCUUCACGUGAGCUCGAUACCGUUCCAACUCCGCUUCUCGCCCUCGCUGGCAAACAAGCCGAAACCAGCACCAAAGCCGACCGACCCAGACGGCAGCAGCAGCAGCGGCGGCGGCGGCGGCAGCGGCGGCACAAAACCAUUCGACCCGUUCGCCGACCCGCCGGCCGCGCUCGUCGUGGCGGAGCUGGAGCCGCCGACGCACUACCUGGUGCUGAACAAGUUCGCCAUCGUGCCGGAGCACUUCAUCCUGGCCACGAGGGCGUUCGCCGCGCAGACGGACCUGCUCGAGGCCGCAGACCUGGCGGCGGCGCGCGCCUGCCUCGACGCCUACGCCGACGCCGACGGCGGGCUCUUUGUCUUUUACAACUGCGGCGAGCACAGCGGCGCCAGCCAGGCCCACCGCCACCUGCAGCUCCUCCCCGUCGCGAGGAUGAGGGACGGUCUGCCGGCCGGCGGCGGCGGUAGCGGCGGCGCCGGGUGGGACGUGCUGGCGGCGCGGCUCGGCGCCGGCUCCGUCGCCGAAAAGCUCCCGUUCCCGUGCCUGGUGCAGAGGCUGGAUCCCGCCCGGUGCGGCGCCUCGGCGGACCCGGAUGGUGCGGCGCUGCGGGAGGCGUACCUGGCGCUGUACCGGCGGGCGUGCGGCGUGAUGGGCGUCGAGGGCGUCGAGGCCCAGGCGGAGGGAGAGGCCAGGAUCAGCUACAAUCUCGCCAUGAUGCGGGACGUCAUGGUGAUGUGUCCCAGGAGGGCCGAGGGCGCGCCGUUGGUGGCGCCCGGCGGGGAGGAGGUCGGCAAGCUGGCGCUCAACGGGACGGUCCUGGCUGGGACGGCGCUGGUCAAGAGCGAGGCCGAGUGGGAUGCGUUGAGGGCUGAUCCGGACCAGCUGGCUAGGGUUCUGGCAAGGAUAUGA